AUGGCAGAUUGCAAUAAAUUUACAUCAACAGGUUAUUCUGCGUCGACUGCUACUCCAAACAUCACGUCGAAUAUAACAAACCACAAUAGCAAAAACAACAAUACUCAAAAUGCAUAUCACACCAGCGGCUACAACAGCCAUUACAGCAAACCAUCUUUUGAUGCUACCGCAAAUAUACAGAUAGAGUCACUGCUGAGGAAUAAUGGCGGCUUCCAGCACAGUUUAAACCAAUCCCCCCUACCUGCACCUUCUGCUUUGCAUGCUAAUCUUAGCUUGCAACCACCCCCACACCCACUUAUGUCCUUGCCUCCACCGGUUACAACUGCUAUGAAUAGUCAAGUUAAGCAACCUUUGCGUGCCCCUAUUGGCAACAAUGGGUUUUAUAACAAACAGGGCUCCUGUUCCAAUAAUACUGGUGGAGGUCACGAGGAACACAAUAGUUUUCCUUCAAGAACUACUCCUCACUUUCAAAUGUUUGAUCACAGCACAAACCAUAAUCUUGUGGGAGACAACUUUCACCACGAUCAACAAUACAGCGUUAGCAGUGGUGGUGAAGCUGCUUUCGAUCAUGUACCUCAGUCGCACAUCAAUGGAUACCCAUUGAGUCACCCUAAACCAACAUUACCUUUACCAGAAAGUCAUCAACAACAACAACAACAACAACCACAACAACAACAGUCACAGCAGUACCCUUCUCGUUCUUCUUCCGAGGACUUGCAGAAAAAGUACAACGUUUCUUCUGCAAAUGAUAGAUUCGACUCACUGCUGUACCACAUGGGUCAACCUUCCAAUUCAAAUUCACAGUUUGUACGUCAAUUUCUGCACCACUUGAACGAAAACCACUCAGUCAAUUUGAAAUUCAUCAAAAACCUCAAUACAAUGAUGGAAAACUGGACCGAAGAGGAGAUAAAAGCAAGCAGGAGAUUGGUCAAGUUUGAUAUCCUGCAAGGGCAAAAUAAUGGCAACAACAACAACACUGUGCAGGUGAUCAAUUUCCAACCACUUCAACCAAAUGAUUAUGAAGUAACACAAGCUGUUGUUUCUUGCAUCUAUUGGCGCGAAAAGAAUAAGUUUAUUUGCACUUCAGUCGACAUCAUUUUGUUGCUCGAAUACUUUGUACACCAAAGUUUUGGUAUUGAAGAGAAGAAUCGUAUUAGACGAAACUUGCAAAGCUUGAAGCCAACCACAGUAUCGAGAUCAAACAAGAAUGAUCGAGAAUUCUUCAGUUUGAUUAUGGGGAUGGAAAACCCUCGUCCAAGAAAUAUUGAAAAGGACUUGAAGGUGUUCAACUGGAGUGAUUUGGGUAAAGCAAUUGCUAAAGUAAUGUCAAAGUACUAUAUUGUAUCAUCCCCAUCACCAGGGUCAAGAAAUUUAUGGUGCAAUGGUGGCCCCCAACUGUAUAAUGUGCCAUUGUCAGGUUCAUCACAAGAAAGCUCUGAGUCUCCAUCAGCACCAGCACCAGCAUCAGCACCAGUACAAGCGAGGCAAGGGGAUGUGACAGCAUAUUCCAACAGUAUUCCAUAUCAUGGUAGCCCACCACCCGCAGCGGCUCCAUUAUCAUCAACGCAGAAACCAGGCUUGCCUCCUUUGGCUCUGGUUGCUUCAGCAUCUGAUUCUUUAAUUCCACCAUCACAACUUCCUCCCAGACAGCCCUCACUGUAUUCCGAGGGUGGAAAUACAUCAUCCCUUUAUCGAGAUUACUCCACGCCCAACUCACAAAGCAUCACCUAUCAAGGAGACGCCUUUCGGCGUACAGUCUUCCACUCACCAUUGAAUGCUCAAAUCAGUGGUACGUCCUUGGAUAGCUCUAAUGUGUGUAGUGACGUAACACCUACGUAUCAUCCUAAAGAGUCAAAUCAACAGUACCAUCAUCGUUAUCAUUCGCCAUCUACUGGCAUUAUUCCCUUACCACUACCACCUCCUAAAAUUCACCCCUCCAAUACGAUUCCUUCCCACUCACAAAGAACAUGGAGUGGAGGAGGGGUGUUUUUGCCACUGUUGCAACCACGUCAACAACAUCCUAUUUCGUCCUUGUCGCAGCAAGCUUCGCCACCGUCGCCAAUUUCAAAUAGUAGGUCUAUUGCUCAACUUAGGAACAAUCACACCCCAGUUCGAGGCAUGAAUCUGGCCCCAUCGAUUUUUGCAAGCAACGAGGAACUGCUGUUGCUGCUGUCAGAUAAUGAAAAGCACCAGAACAGACUUAGUACGAACUCAACUGCACUUGCGAUUUCAUCAUCAGGGGAGAAUCCACCAACAACCAAUCUUUCAGAUAGUCCAUCGCCUGGAAAGGAAAAUGAGGAGGUUGAUACCGGCUCGGGCUCAGAAAGAUCUUCAUCCGGCAAUGACGGCGACGAAGUGGGCAGUUCCCUAUCUGGGGAUUCCAAAACAAGUGGUGGUCAUUCGGAUGGUAGUGGACGUUCUAGCAAGAGCAAUGGUGAAUCAAACAGUGCCAGCUCUAUCAGCAGUGGCACCAAAGAUUCGUCAAGUUUGUUUUCGUUACCACGUGACUCAGGUAACUCCAGUCAAGAAAGUUCGAGACCGAAUUCCUUGCCGGGAAGCGGCAAAUUUGCGCCAUUGAGCUUCAACUAUAACAACAGCAGUGUGAGUUUGCUCGGAACUAGUAACGAUUCUGGCGAUCCAGUGUCGAAUUUGCCCAGAAACAAGAGCAAUUUGCGGAGUCUUAUUGAUUUCGAACAGCCUUCACCUAUUCUCGAGCACAAGGUUGAGGAAGGAGGAGAGACUGACGGAGACGAAGGCGUUCAAGAUGAGGACGAAUCUAUGGAGGAUGAGGAAGACUACAAUAAGCAGCACCACAACAAUAGCAACCUACUUGGGGCCGAUAGUUCACCACCAGUUUCUAAAAAGAGAAAAAGACGUUUUCAAAAGAAGGGUAGAGGCGAAACAACACACCAGGUCCAAAAUAAUGCAACUUCACAUUACUUUGACAACAAUAGCGACAAAAAGUACAUGCCUAAACAGCAACCAACUGCAACCAAUGACGAUGGCGCAACGACUUCGAAACCACAAUUGCCACCGAUUUCGCAAAUACUCAAAGCGGAGUUGUAUUCAAGUGACAACAAGAGCACACCAGGUUCGCCAAUGUCACCAUCGACUUCACACCACCUACACCAAAACCAGUCUCCACCUCCUCCCCCAGCAACGGUUGCCACACACAAUGAGCCUUUAAUUAGAAAAGUGCAAAGUUGGGAUGACCAUUGA